UGAAGGAGAGGAGACGAACAAUGGAGCUGAGCUGAGAUCCUGGUUUCUAAUUCCCACUGAGCAGCUUCGUUCUGCAGCGGACACACAAAACUCCAGCCCCGGAAAUAUCACACCUCUGGAGAAGGAGCUGUUUUUGUGUGUUUGUUUCUUGUUUGUGUUGCAUUUUUGGAUCCUGAGCUGCAUCGCAUCAGAGCUCACCAUGCCUCCCACGACUCCGUAUGCCGGUAAGUUCGGCUCCUGUUCGCUGUACAGCAACAACAACAACAACCCGCAGCCUCACAGCCCGUACCGCAACGGCACCGCCUCCAAACCGGCCAAGGAGAACAUCUACAACAGCGCCUAUUCGGGCUCAGAGAACCCCUACGACAUCCCCCAGCCUCACGGUUGCUACCGCAGCUCCUCCGUCACCUCCGUGAAGGCGAAGGAGCAUCAGUACAACAGCCACUACGCCGUUUCGGAGAACCCGUACUCCCCCCCGCCGCCUCGCAGCCCCCGGCAGCACAGCAGCUCCUGCCCGGGCCGCGCAUACCGCCACACCACCACCAGCACAAGCAGUGGCAGCGGCAGCGGUGGCAGCGGCGGCAGCAGCAGCGAGCAGUCCUGCCGUAACAACAACAACGUCGCGGCAGGGAAAGCCCGACUUCACGGACAUGGCAUCACCGCUAGCUACGGGGAGAUGUGUUACCAUGACAACAGUUUGGUGUCAGCAUCUCUUGAGGCUCUGAUUCAGCAUCUGGUUCCCACAGUGGACUACUACCCUGAUAGAUCAUAUGUGUUCACCUUCCUGCUGAGCUCACGCCUCUUCCUGCAUCCGUACGAGCUCAUGACGCGGGUUUGCCACCUGUGUGUGGAGCAGCAGCGGUCCGGAGACGCCCUGCUGGACAAGAUCCGUUUCCGUGAGGUGGCGCCCAAGCUGGUGCAGCUGCUGACCGAAUGGACGGAGACAUUUCCGUACGACUUCAGGGACGAGAGGAUGAUGCGCUGCCUGAAGGACAUGACGCACCACGUGGCUCGAGGCGACGAGUACUCCUGGCGAGCGAUGCAGCAGAUGACCCAGCGGCUGAUCAAACGCCUGUCAGCGCUCGGCCAGUACGAGGAGGCCGUGGCUGCGCUCAACGCCGUGGCCUUGGAGCGGCCCGCCUCCCUGAAGAGCAAACAGGCGUCGGGUCAGAAGAGCGACGUGAUGAGCGUGUGCGACGACCCCUUCAUCCUCGCCCAGCAGCUCACACACAUCGAACUGGACAGACUGAGUUUUAUCGGUCCUGAGGAGUUCAUCCAGACGUUCGCCAUGAAGGAUCCUCUAGAGAACCAUAAGGGUUUCUUUCGAAAGCGUAAAACCAGUAACCUGGAGGCCUACGUCAACUGGUUCAACAGACUGAGUUACCUGGUGGCCACUGAGAUCUGUAUGCCGGUGAAGAAGAAACACCGAGCGCGGAUCAUCGAGUUCUUCAUCGACGUGGCUCAGGAGUGUUUCAACAUCGGCAACUUCAACUCCCUCAUGGCCAUCAUCACUGGGAUGAACAUGAGUCCUAUUGCCAGACUGAAGAAAACCUGGGGUAAAGUCAACAUGGACAAAUUUGAAAUCCUGGAGCAUCAGAUGGACCCGUCCAGUAACUUCACUAACUAUCGCACUGCGCUCCGCGGCGCCACCCAGAGGUCGGAGACGGCUCACAGCAGCCAGGAGAAGAUCGUGAUUCCUUUCUUCAGUCUGCUCAUUAAAGACAUCUACUUCCUGAACGAAGGCUGUGCCAGCCGGCUCACCAACGGACACAUCAACUUUGAGAAACUGUGGGAGCUGGCGAAGCAGGUGAGCGAGUUCCUGGUUUGGCGUCAGGUGGUUUGUCCGUUCGACAGAGACCGACGGAUCCUCCAGUAUCUCGUCACCACGCCGGUUUUCAGCGAAGACGAGCUGCAUCUGGCCUCGUAUGAGAGCGAAGGACCGGAGAACCACAUGGAGAAGGACAGUCGCAGGUCUCUCAGAUCUUCUCUUUCGCAUCGCGAGAACCGGUCCUAGGAGAAGGAUCUCAUGUGCACUACAGACUGUAAAUAACGAGGAUUUUAUUUCUAAAGCUACAAGUUCCUCAAUGUAUCUUACAGACACGACAGUGCAGGACAAACAAAUGCAGCCGCGCCCACAAUCGUAUCGAUGACCAGAGCAUUAUCUGGGCUUUGAGAUCACAAGGAGCAUAAAUGAGUUCUGAACAGUUUUUGGUAUUUCGUUGCCAAAGGACCUCAGUGCUGCGGUUAUUAUUACAACCAUCUGUCCUGUGAAACUAUUGAUUCCCCAGAAGAGCUCAGAUUACUGAUGUGUCUCACCCACCGUGCUUCUUCCUCCUCCUCCUCUUCCUCCUCCUCCUCCUCAUCAUCAUCAGCUCUGUGUGAGGCACUUACAGGACGUCAGGUGACUCCUGAGGUCAUCAAACAGGCUCAGAUUUUGUUUUUAUCUUCAGCGGAACUCCAUCUUGGCAACAACAGCCUCACGGGAGUCCUUGAACCACAUCAGCUACAACAUUAGCACUGCUUCUCUGUGGAAGUGGCUGGAGCUCAGUCAGAAACCACAGAGAGGAGAGAGAUCCACCCGGAACAUCCAUGUGUAUUAUAAACAACUCGCUGAAAGUGUUGUUGCUGCUUGUUUUCUUGUCGAGUGCUUGAUUCUGAUGCAUAGCGAGCACACGACACAGGUUUACAGCUGGUUCUCAUGAAGCAAUUCCAUCUAAUUUGAACACAUAAUGCAAGACAAUACAUCAAUUUACUAUAAAUAAGUAUAAAUAAAACCAAAACACAAAUGCAACAGAAUAUAUGGAACUUUAACGAAGAAAAAUACACAUAAGUGCUUCUUUUCUGCAUUUAUAUUAUUCGUAAACUAAAAGUUUUCAUAUUUUCACAUAAACACAAAUAUCCAUGAGUCUGUUACAGACUCAUGUCGGCUAGUUUCUAUCUUUCAGGCUCUAAAUUCUAGAUUUGCUGUUUUUAAUAUUUUGUGAUGUGGGCACUUUUACUCCAUGUCGGUGAUGCAAAGUUGUGACGGCAACAUCGUGAUAAUCAUGCAACUUAAAUCAAAUGCACUUCAGUGUGGUCCUGUGUGUUGUAUUAUAGGAUUUGGUGACUCCUAUUUCGAGGCGUCGCUCUUUACAGUAUUACGUUGUAUUUUUGUAUAAGAAGGUUUUCUCUUCACGUAUUUUCUCUGAGGUGUCACUGUGAGCUUGUUGCUGGUUGGCUGGCUCCAUGUGGCUAAGCUAUUUUUGUUAAUAUCACAAGUUCAUGUUUGGCAUAGAAGCGUUUUGGGUCUGAAACUGAUGUGUGUGUGUGUGUGUGAGUGUGUGUGUGGGUGUGUGUGUGUGUAGCUUGAAUACUAGAAGCUCAUCCUCCACUUCAUCUCAUCUGUGAUCAUGUGUUUUUUAAAAUCUGCCUGUGUGAAAGUGAUGCUACAGUACAAAUAUUUUUACGUUUAAAAAAAAGAAGCUCUUUAUGUGUCGUAUAUUUUAUAAAGUGUUUCUCAUGUAUGCUUUUU